CUGCACCGAAAGAGAUACAUACAAUUACAGUGCUUUUCAAAUCAGACAAAUGUCCAGUUUAAAGCGAAAUUCAAGUUCACUGUGUUCAAUUCUCGAAAUGAGGAAAUUCCAACAACUGUGUAUACUGGCACGCAACAGUUACACGGUUAUUUCGAGUACAUUCGAAGGGAUUUACUGAUCAGUCACGUGCAUCCAUCAGAUGAACUUCAGCUAGUACUGAACAUGACCGUCACCUUCGAUACAAUAACGAGGACUAGUCAGGCGCCAAAAGUCCUAGGACCUCCAGAACCAAAGUUAUCAGAGGUGACAAGAGAUCUCGAGUCAAUAUUCAAAGAUGCUAAACUUUCUGACUUCACGAUCGUUGUGGGAGAUAAAGAAAUCCCUGUUCAUAAGGUCGUGCUGUCUGCUCGAUCUCCAGUUUUUGCUGCUAUGUUGGAGCCACACACGGAGGAGGCUAAAACUAAUAGAGUUAUUCUUGAAGAUAUAGACUACGAGGUAAUGCAAGAAUUGUUGAUGUAUAUGUACUCUGGUCGUUCCCCAAACAUACAAUCCAUGGGACUGGAAUUGUUGGCAGCUGCGGAUAGAUUUCAGCUACCCGGCCUGAAGGAAAUGGCGGAUCAUGUUCUACGGAAUGGAUUAAUUGUUGACACUGCCUGUAAAUUUCUCGUCUACGCUGAUAUGUAUAACUCAACCGAAUUGAAAAACGAGGCAGUGAGAUUUAUUGCGCAGAAUAUCAACAGCGUCAUACAGACUGACACUUGGGCUGAACUGACUCGAGAUCAUGGCUGUUUAGUGACAGAAAUCGUCGCCCACAUGUCUAAUGAACGAAAAUCGAAUGCAGGGAGUAUGAACAGUAGCUCUAAUUCAAUGCAUGCGAUGUCGCUGAGUACAUCCGGUUAG